AUGGAUCCUGAGCAGCCAAGGCGCUACAACUUUCGGGCUCGAAAGCCUACGCCAGUGACUUAUUCAGACGGCUCUCCAGAAACUUCGCCAGAGACCUCUCGAGAGCCUUCUCCGGCAGCUUCUCCUGUGGCUUCUCCUGAAGUUGAAUGGGAGGCUUCUCCUGGAGAGUCUCCUGUGGAUUCUCCUGAGGCGUCUCCUGAAGCUUUACCUGAAGCUUUAACAGAGGCCUCGCCAGAGCCUUCCCCAGGGCCCUCCACACAGCCCUCUAUCCAGUACGCCGCUGGUGCUCGGACGAGAGCCGCCACCAGAACCAAAAGAGCUAAAAAGGCCAAAAGCCCCGCCGCGAAGCUCCAAGGAGUUACAAAAAGCAGAAAGCCCACUCGUGUGGCUCGUGGAAAAGUUCCAGCCAAGGCCAAGGCUCGUCCAGCAAUGAAAGAAGAAGCUGGAGCCAAGACCAAAGCUGGCCGGGAAAAGAAAGUGGAAGUGAAAAUGGUUGGCGGCCGUCGCAAGCUCGCCGAGGAAAGAGAGGUAAACUGGGCACAUGAUGGAUCUCGGAUUGACGAUCCAGACAAGUUGCCUGACAAGUGGGAUCCUAAUGAGUAUGAUCUCGAUGAGCAUGAUAUGGACGGCAACAUUGCGCGAUGCCAUCUGAGAAUCAAGGAGAAUAUUCUUCCGAAAUUGUUCGAGGAGCGCCUGGAAAGAUACAUGAAACGGAAAGCAGAGAAAGAUGAAAUCCUCGCCGCUGCUCCGGGGCUACCCUGGAAAGUCGCCAAACGUCUGAAGGAUCUUCGAUUUAUUGAAGAGGACUUGGCCAAGAAUGAUGUGCAAGAGCAGAUGUCCAAUGUUCAAGCCAUUAUUGCCGCUUACACCAGUGGGGAGCUCAAAUGGAAACGGGGCACUUGCACAUUCUGGUCAAAUGGCAGGAUGGUUUGGGGCCCUGGGAAGUUCGAUUGGAAGACUUUCAGUGACGUCAACAAAGCGCACCAGGGCCACAAGUCAUUCUGGGUCGAAGAGUGUAAUUCUGAACGUGCAUCCCUUUACAGUUGCUGGAGGUACGGGCCUCAAAAUGAGGCUGCCAUGCAUAUGGUGAAAAUUCGCCUGAAAAUCCCAGGUGUCCGCAACCCAUUCGCGACCCGCGGUUGGGACUUCGUGGACGACACUGGCGCUUGUUCCAUGAACAUUUUCGCCAGCGACAUCGAAGAACUGGAACGAGCAGCCAACAUCAACCUUCAAGUCAUUGGACACGUGAUAGUCGGAACGGCCGGUGGAAACACCUGCAUGCCGGCAUAUCACCUCCAAGCCCGGAUUGUCGACGAAGCAGUCGGUGGCAGCAACUACAUAACCCCGUGGACCGAUAUCAGAGUCUAUGUUAGGCCCGGCUCCCCGUCGUUUGAUGAUGAAAGACUCUCCGGAAUUUGGAUCCGGCAUUUGAUGUAUUUUGCUAACGCCCCAGAUAACACAGGUAAUUUGUAUAUGGCUGAUUCUCUUGAUGACUUGUAUGAAGGAUUGCCUGAUGUUGAUGUGACACAGGCGCGAGCCCCCCGAUGGGACGAUUUUCCAGCGCCAACACUACUACCCACGGCCAUGGAUGACAGCGAUGAGAUGGAUACGACUCAAGAUUAA